GACUGCAUACCCUCCGUUUCCGCCGAGUCACCAACACAACUUCUCACUCAAUUGCGUGAAUCCGGAAUUCUAUUUGACUCUACCACAUAUUCUGUUUUAUUCAUCAUCCUCAGGUAAAUUGACUGAGGAAACGCGGAAGGCUCAGAACAGGGGAUCGAAAACUGAACAAAAAUAGGCAGGUGAAAAAAACAUGGCAUCACCAGACAAAUCCCCUUCUCCGACAAUACCGCGGUUAUACCAACCACCUACGGCUGCCCUCCUUGUCUAUCCUAUUACUUUAAUUAUAGGAUCGCUGUUUUCUGUUCUCUCCCCGACAGCACAGGGCACCCGAGAUCCCCCCUCCGGCCAUCCGACGCCUCUAGCCCCUUCAAUCGCCGCCGAUGUGAACCUCCCCCAACACCCCGUCAAUUACUUCGCCCGCAAGGACAAUGUCUUUAAUGUCUAUUUUGUGAAAGUUGGCUGGCUUUGGGUGACUGCGGCUUUCGCUUCCCUUCUGUUUUCUCAGCUCCCGUACACGACCUCGUCCAGUCAACAACCGCGGCGGAUCGGUCAGGCGCUCGCGCGUUAUUCUCUGGCUACCCUAAUCUGGUACCUGACUACACAAUGGUUUUUUGGUCCGGCAAUAAUCGAUCGCAGUUUUGUGAUUUCGGGCGGGAAGUGUGAGCAGGUCAUCCCGCAGGCUGAAGAGGGUUCUGCCUCGCUCCACACACUGUUGACCGCUACAGCGUGCAAGUCCGCCGGUGGAGCAUGGAGAGGCGGCCAUGAUGUAAGCGGACAUGUGUUCAUGCUGGUUCUUGCGACUGCAAUGCUGGCAUUUGAGACAAUUGGAGCAUGGAGGGGCGCUUCGGACAUCGACCAGGGAAGCAAGAAGUCGGAGGACGGGGAUCGCGAACUGAGUGGGUCGAGGAAGUGGUCCGUAUGGUUCGUCGGUGCAGUUACGGGCCUGAGUUGGUGGAUGUUGCUGAUGACUGCUAUCUGGUUCCAUACGUGGUUCGAGAAGGUAUUUCGCCCCUCUGACAUACAUAUUCAACCGAAUCACCUUUGCUUUGAGGAUUGACUAAUACGUGAUAGUUGACCGGUUUACUGAUCGCCCUAAGCGCUGUUUAUACCAUCUACAUUCUGCCCCGGCGGGUCAUCCCCUGGAGGGAUGUUGUGGGCAUUCCUGGCGUAUAGAGUGUUCAUUGUUCUCUUUACUUGACGUUAAUACGAUUUGCCACCCGGGUCAUAUAUUAUCGAGCAUACACGGUAUCUGGCACAAUGAUGCAUAUUGUAGAGUACUGGACGCAGAAUAUACACAUGAAUUUUUUUUCCAAGUACAUCUUGACUGCUCAGUAUCUUUUUUUGGUUAGUUCUCUGGCCUGACCAAAGGCUCAGGUCCUAAGUACCCGCGAGCAAAAGCUGCACAUUUCG